AUGUGCGAGGAAGAUGGACCGAAAUCGACAAUAUCCUUCGCAAUGGUCAUUGCCGGUGAGCCAUCGCUCGCAUGCUCCAAAAGCAUAAAAGCGCAAUGUAGUCAACUUUAUAGGCUCUCUCAUUUCCAUUAUUUCCAUCUCCAACAACGUGCUUCUCUUCAUUUCCUUGAUCCGAAACAACAGAUGCUUCAAGUGUUACUUCCACGUGAGUUCUCUCUUCUUUGAUCUUUCCAAUCCUCUUAUUUCAGUUUAUCCUGGCUCUUUGCUUUUUUGACAUAAUAAUCUCCGUAUGUUACAUGCCUGUCAUCCUCGUCGAUUCCCUAAAAGACUGGACAAAAUGGAUCGAACUCGCGCGCGCCUGGUGGCCUUUCUUCGUCUACGGUCUGGCGAUGACACAUGUCUGCAUGACAACUGCCUGGUAUUCCCACCCCGUCCGUUCUCUCAAAUAAAAAAAAACCUCUGUUUUCAGCUACAUCCUUAUCGCAGUCGCUUACGAACGAUAUCUGAUCACUGUGAGGAGCUACAUGCUCAAGCAGUUCCAGAAACGUCGCAGUUGGUGGUGUUUCGGUGAGUAGCGCGCAGAUUUGGCUACUUUGACUCGCUCGUGACGCGUAGAGUACUCAGUGUCUUCGGCUUUCCGACGCCUUUCAUACUUUGCUCUUCCCUACUUCGAUGUAUUUUCAGCCUGUCUAGCCUUCGGAAUUAUAACCAAGGGAGGAAUGGUUCUGGAACUGGAUGUGUUCCCGAGCGAUGACGAAACGUGUAAGAACACCGUCAUGGAGUACUAUGUAGAUGUGACCGAAAUCACGAAAUCAGUGUGGUACGGUAGCAUCUACAAGUUCUGGAUUCGCAACAUCGCUACCGUAUUCCUUCCCUUCUUCCUUCUACUUCUCAUAAAUCUCGGCAUUGUUCUGGAGCUCCGCUCUCAGAUGCACCACGCCUUCGGAAACCGUUCCCGACGACGGUUCUCGCUUCGAAUGCAGAGCCGAGUAAGUGAUUCAGAGGCCCAUUAUCAGUGAGAAGAUCCUCAUUUCAUUUUCAGACGAACGUGCGUCAGGCGACGGCAACAAUGCUAUUCAUCUGUGUCAUUUAUCUGAUAUCCAACGUCGUCAACGUGUUUAUCACUGCGUGGGAGUUCAUUGAUAUUGACACACUCCAGACGAGGUAAUCCGUUCCAGAAAUGAGUGAAAAGGAACAAAGAAUAACCGUUUUCAGAUUCAUUGAGGAGUACAUGCUCUCCGCCGAUCUCUCUUCCGUUCUCGUCGUCACCGCGUGUGCUCUCCGUCUUCCCAUUUACAUGGUGAAUGAGUGUAACCGUAUCAUCAAGUACCGUAUCCUUUUUCAGCUGUGCAACCCGGAACUCCGAAAAGCUGUCAAACGGUCAUUCACCACCAAAAACGAGCACCAGCAGAAAAUGCAUCAGACUUUCUCUCUAAUUGCUAAAAUUCUAGUCUAG